GCCCGCCCGCUCACCGAGAACAGACGCGAUGCUAGUUCGGUGCCAGGAGAGCCCAGUACUGGCGGGCAGCGCCACUUUGGCCAUCUUGGGGCUAAUGAUUCUGUACUUCGCGCAGCCCUCGUCCUACGGGAAGUUCAGCCAGACAGGGGCGCCCGGGGCUCAGUGCCUCCCCGCCCGCGCCGCCUGGUUCCUGCAGGAGCUGCCUUCCUUCGCCGUCCCGGUAGGGAUCCUCUUCCAGCAGCCCCGCUUCCUAGUCGGACCGCCCGAGACUGUGCUUCUGGGGUUAUUCUGCGCACAUUACUUUCACAGGACUUUUAUUUACUCAUUUCUCACUAGAGGGAGGCCUUAUCCAGCAGUGCUCCUUUUCCAAGGAAUAGUCUUCUGCAUCGGAAAUGGAUUCCUUCAAAGCUACUAUCUGAUUUACUGUGCAGAAUACCCUGAAGAGUGGUUCACAGACAUCCGGUUUAGCUUGGGUGUCUUCCUAUUUAUUUUGGGAAUGGGAAUCAACAUUCAUAGUGACCAUACCUUGCGCCAGCUCAGAAAGCCUGGAGAGGUCACCUACAGGAUUCCACAAGGUGGCUUGUUUACGUAUGUUUCUGGAGCAAAUUUCCUUGGUGAGAUCAUUGAAUGGGUUGGCUAUGCCUUGGCCACUUGGUCUCUUCCAGGACUUGCUUUUGCAUUUUUCUCACUUUGUUUCCUUGGGCUUCGAGCUUUUUACCACCACAGGUUCUACCUCAAGAUGUUUGAGGACUACCCUAAAUCUCGGAAAGCCCUCAUUCCAUUCAUCUUUUAAAGAAACCAAAUUAAAGAGGAGCAAAAGAUCCCACAAUAUCAGUGAAAACUGUCAAGCUGCUAAAAUUGUGACUUGUAAAGUAGAACUUUAAAUGCACAUAUUAAAUAUAUACAUACAUGUAUACAUGUAAUUAUACACAAAUCCAUAUGAUACAGAACAGUAGGUCUCUUGUUCUGCCUGCUGGCUUGGAGAUUCGGAACGGUGACUGCUUAGUUUUCUCCUGCCCUGCUAGGGACUGUAACCUGAUUUCCUACUGGAGCUUCAGGAAAGCUUUGUCCAGAUGAAGAUAGUUACUUCUCAGCUAUCCCCAGAAAGUACAGAACUCCCCUCAUGUGUCUUCUCAUUAGAUGAACCAAGUCCAUGUGGGUUUCUCCCACCCUGACUUCAUGUGGCCCGGCUCUGUCGUUGAGACUGUUUGGGGUAAGGCAGCACUCAUGAACUUACUGAAGGUAUGCAUUCUGUACUUAUACAGAAUAGCAGAGAUUUAAAUUCUGAAUCCCCAUAGAUGCCAAGCAUAGUCACUCCUAAAUGAGAACCUGGCUAUUCCUUCUCUUUCCUUGUUCAUUAGGAAAGAUAUAAAAUAGCAGAUGUUUAAUAAAGAAGCCCUCUCCUUAUGUGGCUGAAAAUGUACUGACACUUUGACUCCAGUUAAAAUUUGUGUCAUGUCUUCAUUGAUGAACACCUUGGUCUUCCAGAAGAUUCUGCAAUCCCCAUUAUAGACAACAUGGUCUGACCCAGGAAACUGGUAUGGGUUUUCUUAAAGACCAGGCUUUAAAGACUACAAAGAAAAAGACAUGAACCUGAAUGGGUACUGAGGGAGUAAAGAAAUGUUUGGUAGUGGACACUGUGAACUCUCAUGUUCUAGGAAACUGAUGGGAGGAUCCAAAUAAUGGGAACAUGUCAACUAAGGGAAGCUAAUGAGUAAGAUCUGUGCCAUUUGUCUUGACAAGAUGUCCACAAUGAGAUGAAGUACACCAGAAGAACUGAGCAACUUUCCUCUUCUAGAAUUUCUUCGCCACGGUCCUUAGGAAGACAAGUCCCAGGGGUAGCUUGAACCUCGGCCCUCAAAAGUCUCAGUGGAAGAAGCUGAAAACUACAGACAGAGAGCCAAAUCCAGUCUGAAAAUCUGCUUUGUUUUGGUCAGUGUUUCACACAUAGCUUGAUUUUUUUUUUUUUUGCAUUUAAAAUUUUCAAAAUCUAAAAAUUAGGAUGUUUCUGCUGAAAACUUUGACAUUCUAAUUUCCUUUAAAAAGCUGGAGGAUUUCAGCACACAAAAUCCAUGUUUCUAUAUGAGAAUUUGAAAUGGAGAAGCAAGUAAGUUUUUCAAGGUCUUAAGGUGGGACCACCCUGCUUCGGGCCCUGAGACACUGGACUCUGUGGAAGGGGCUGAGCACUCAGGAUCAGAACACAGUGAAAACCUUGGCCUGCUCAGGGCCAGGUUGUGGUUGACAUCGGCACCAUUUAGCAAUCCUGCUUGAGAACUGAGUGCCAUCAAAUAUGGUGCUAACUACAGAAACUCACCGUAGGUAACUGGAAAGAUCAGAGGCUAGUUACGGUAGACUGCUAAAAAAUACAAAUUAUAAUUACAUAAAUAAGUAGUUCAUUAAAUGCCUGUCAAAUCAUAGAUGUUAAGUUUGUUUGAAUUAAAAGAUCCUAAUGGGCUGGGGAUUUAGCUCGGUGGCAGUGCCACUGCCUG